AUGAAUGGACUGGAAGAGAAAAUGACCCACUUCUUGGUGGGGUCGUCAUACCAGCCACUGGAUGUUAUCGGCGAAGGCGCAUAUGGCGUUGUCUGCUCAGCCAUCCAUCUCCCAACUCAGCGCAAAGUCGCUAUCAAGCGUAUCACCCCCUUUGACCACUCCAUGUUCUGCCUCCGUACUCUCCGCGAAAUCAAGCUCCUCCGCCAUUUUCACCACGAGAACAUCAUCAGCAUCCUCGAUAUCCUUCGCCCACCGUCUCUCCAGGACUUUACCGAGGUUUAUCUCGUCCAGGAGCUCAUGGAGACUGAUCUUCACCGUGUCAUCCGGACCCAGGAGCUCAGUGACGACCAUUGCCAGUAUUUUAUAUACCAAACUCUCCGAGCACUCAAGGCUCUUCACUCGGCAGACGUGCUCCAUCGCGAUCUCAAGCCAUCCAAUCUCCUUCUCAACGCCAACUGCGAUCUCAAGCUCUGCGACUUUGGCCUUGCCCGCUCGGCCCGGCCCCCGCCCAACGUCGACGACAGCAGCACCUUCAUGACCGAAUAUGUCGCCACUCGAUGGUACAGGGCCCCAGAGGUCAUGCUCACCUUCAAAGAAUACACCCGCGCCAUUGAUAUGUGGUCCGUCGGCUGUGUUCUCGCAGAGAUGCUCAGCGGAAAACCCCUCUUCCCUGGCCGCGACUAUCACCACCAGCUCUCUAUCAUUCUUGACAUACUCGGCACCCCGUCAAUAGACGACUUUUAUGCCAUAUCAUCCAGCAGAUCCAGAGAGUACAUCCGUGCACUGCCCUUUCGGAAGAAGAAGAGCUUUUCCUCAUUAUUCCCCAAGGCUAAUCCACUCGCCAUUGACCUCAUGGAAAAAUGUCUAACAUUCAGUCCCAAACGUCGCAUCGAAGUCGGCGAAGCACUGAGGCAUCCAUAUCUUCAGCCUUACCACGACCCCCAAGACGAACCGACGGCAGAACCCCUCGAUCCUUCCUUCUUCCACUUUGACAACGGUGCCCCCAUGCGAAAAGAAGAACUCAAAGUACUAAUAUAUGAAGAAAUAACGCGCCCCUCAGGCCCUGACGCUCCUUUCCCUCUCGGCACUUCGUAUUCAUGA